AUGACAAGAAUAAUAGACAAAACACAGGAGAUAAAGUAUGCCGAUGAGGUGGACUAUAUUGUCGAGGGAUUGGAUAAUGAUGAAAUAGAUACAUCCCUGGAGCUAGUGGUUGACUUGAUGGGCGAUGAAAGGUUCAAGGCCUAUAUGCGAGAGUCGAGACAUUUAAGUGAAAUGGUCCAGGUGAUGCUAAGGAAAAGAAUAUCAGAGUCAGCGCGUAAUGUGGUGCUGGAGAUACUAUCCCAAGUAUUCAACCCAUAUUCAUUUGGUGAUCUUAAAGAUUUAUUUAAGAUCCUGUUGAUGGUGCUUGAUGGUCCAGUGUCGAAUGGUACAUUGAUAGAUUCUUCUGCCUGUGCCAGGUCAAAGGCAAGAGUUAUCAUGGAAAUACUAGAAAGAAUUCCAAUCAAGUGGUAUUCCAAGUUUUCUGAGUGUGUCGAACUUGAAAGGCUAGUAUUUUUCCUGCAAAUAUGCAUGAGCAAGAAAGUAGUGAGGUGGAACAGAUUUCUACUUUCUUUUUUAGUGAAGUAUCCAGAAUUUGAGCUAAAUGAAGAUUUUGUUUCCGCUGUGCUAAAGAAAGGGAGAAGCUACGAGAUACUGGUGAACUACACAGCACUUAAAGCAAAUGUUGGAAAGCUGUCUCUCAGCCCGAGCUUUAGACAGUGUCUGAAGAGGGCAGUUUUGGAGGAAUUCACGGAAAGCAAGAGGGAUAAGAGCCUUGAGUGCAUGCUAAAAGGAUGGGCUCCAACGCCUGCAGUCUCAUUGGUCUUGAAGCAUGAAAAAAAUGUAAAUUUAAAAGGUAAUAGAGUGCAAAAUUUAAAGAGGAAGACGGAUCUGGUAAUAAUACUCAUCAAUCUUCUUGGUAGGGAUUUCUACUUAGACAUUUCUUUAGGGUUGAUUGCAAAGGCUUAUUAUAGUGUAGACCAAGUGACAAGAUGCUAUAUAGCAGUGCUUCUCCUUUUUUCUAUGCAAAACUUAGAAAAAGAUGCCAUGAAAGAUGUGUGCAUUGAAGACCUUAAGAAAGACGCAAGACAUCUUCUUUUUGACCCCAUGCCGCGCCUGAGCAAAGAGAUUCUGGACAAGUUGAUUGAGAUAUCAGGCUAG